CUUCCAACAGCCCUGCCACAGUCAAGCGUAAGCGUGUCAAAGGAGCAACGUAGUAAACAGGCAGAGGCCGUCGAAGCAGCCGGUGACGAUUAUGACGAUUACGAUGACGGCGAGGACGAGGAUGCACCGUCCCAGGAGCAACCACAGAUCAGCGACAACACGCUGCUCGGAACAAAGCUGCUUACCAAGAACUACAUUGAGAAGGCACCCCCAGGCGAGCAGGUAGCGCUGCGGUGUGAUGUUGCCAACCCAACCAAUUCCACCAUUAUCAUAUGGUACAAGAAGAACCAACCGAUCUUCCAGCAUAAGUCAAAACUGACUUCGGAUCAGCGGUUGAAGCUGCUGGAAGACUUCUCGCUCCAAAUCGACGGUGUGCAGCUGUCGGACGAAGGUGACUACUUCUGUCAGUUGUUGCCGAGCAAUUCAUCCGUUAAAAUCGAACUUCAGAUACUGACGCCGCCCCGGCAUGUCCACAUCAUGCAUGGUAGCAAGAUACUGAACGAGACGGUUGAGCUGAAUCAACGCGAUCGGAAGUUUGUUCUGUUCUGCUCGGCAAUUGGACAUCCGACUCCCCAGAUUGUUUGGUCCUAUCGAGGUCGCCAUUUGGAUGAGGAGUACAGUCGUCAAAUCGGCAUUGUACCCCGCAAGGAGUUCAUCGAGAUCCACGAGGUCCACCCAAAACACGCCGGUGAUUAUGAGUGUUUGGCGCAGAAUGGGGUCGGCGAGCCGAUCAGCCGGACUGUUACGGUCGUAGUGAAGGGCAAACCGAUCCUUCACAAACACGCCAGCUAUAUCAAUACCGCCAUCGGCGAGAACGUAGAGAUGGUCUGCCUGUACGAUAGCAAUCCGGCCGCACGGAAGAUCCAAUGGUACCGCGAUGAUGAAGCGAUUCAAAAUGGACCCCGUACAAUCAUUAUCAACGAUCACCAUGGCCAUCACGACCGUACGCGAUUGACGGUGAAAAACAUUCAGCAAAAAGAUCUAGUGUCAUACUUUUGCAAAAUUGAGAACGACAUGGGAGAGACGAACGGAAAGACGAUCGUUGGUCUGGUCCCCACCGGCGCCCAUCUGCUGAACUCCAACUACUCCGAUGGACUGUUGCAUACGUGGUGGAAGAUACACAGUAUUCAGCCGCUGUCCGAGGUGCAGGUGUUCUAUAGGGGCGAAAAUACCAAAUACACGAUGGUAAAUGCGGAAAGCUCGGACCAGGAGCAGGGCUACGAUGGGUUCACCUGGACAAUUCGCAAAUCGAUCCGGCUACCCGAGGGCCACUGGAUUAUGACGGCCCGGGCACGCAACACGGAGGGUUGGUCGAAUGCGGAGAGCAUCGCGCAUCCGGUCCAGAUACCGAGCCGGUCAACCAUCGCCAAGGACUCCAACAGCAUUCAGCUUAGCACGAUCGGUGGUGCUGGUGGAUCGAGUGCCGCGCACGGGCGGCUGCCACUGCCAAUUGCAUCAGUGCUCCUGUUCGCAUCCAUCCUGCUGACCCUCAAGUCACUAAUGUAUUAAGCAAAGGGGGGCAUGCGUGGGGCCCACCAACACAGGCACAUAAAAACACACAUUAACCAAACCGAAACCAAACACGGUGCUAUAACACACAUACACGCGGCCACGGCACGAUGAGUCGAUAAAUGGAUCAAAGGAAGAGAGAAGCAAAGAACAGAGAAUGCCGAGCCACACUAGACACAUUUAAAAGGAUACACAGUUUUACGCAAAACCUCCGCUCCUACUUCGCUCACCUCGAUGUCCGGGAGCAGGUAAAAGCGUCGAGUCAAUCGGCCAGUGGUCGAUGAUUGACCACUCGUGUCGUACGCUUUUCAACUCGGCGGUAGCGGAGUAAAGGAGAAAGGGGCUUAGGGACUUUCUUUGGCUUGUUCUUCGGCCAAGGCCAAGAACGACAAGAGGAGCGGCAAAGAGACGCAAGAACUUAGACCACGAUGAUAAGGCAACAUAAUUUAACUGGCAAAAUCGAUGAAUCUUUUUGCGCACCAGAAACCAGGCCAGGCCACCGCGAUGGCCGUUUCCUUGCAAGGUAUCUUUAAUCGAAUUGUUGUUCUUCGGUUUUUGGCUCUCCCUCGUUUUUUUCCAUUUUAUCGAUAACCCCUUUUCCGGGUUACGAGCCUGUUGUAGCUUCGGUUCUGUCGCCCACCAAACGUACGACGAGGAGCGAGGGCUACUUCAAAAAGAGUGACCAGCAGUGGGUGAGGAGAGCACAGCGAACAAAUAACAAACAGACAACAUUCAACCAAAAAUGGCCUUUUUACUAAUCAAGCAUCGAACGUUGAUAACGAAGCGCGUUGGCCAAGUCAAAACCGAAUCGGAAUUAAUGGCCAAAAAUUAUAACAGAAUGGGGCGCUCAGAAGGAAGGGUAAACCCGGAGAAUUAGCCUCCGUCCUCCGUCAGCAAGCGAAACGAAAAUGUAAAGAGAAAAAGAAAGUGCGCGCACGCACACCCAAACACACACACACAGGCACCAGGGAGCUGAAGGGGUUUGUCCCCGGAAAAUCCGAAUAAUUUUCCCAUUAAAUUAUUUUCCCGUCCUAACGGCACCGAGACUCUAGAGCUACCCGUUCCGCAGUCUGGCGUGACUUCUAGGGCAGCUUUUCCUGUUGCCUGUUUCCCCCUCUCCUUCCUCGUGUUCCUCAAGCCGCUGAGUGUUCCAUUGUGUCGCGCUUAGGCAAUAGUUGGGGUGCUUAGUGUGGCGGGUGCUUUGGUUUUUCUGUUUUUCUUUGUUUGCUAGUUUUGCAACUGGAUAGCGUUAGAUUGAUUCUACACUGGGCAAAAACUUUUGAUGUCGCGUGGAAAGUUUGACUUUUCGUCAAAAGGUCCAUUUUUCAUGGUAUGGACCUUUUGACGAAAAGUCAAACUUUCCACGCGACAUCAAAAGUUUUUGCUAAGUGUAGAAUCAAUCUUACACUAAACCUUUGCCAUCCAGUGCAUUUUUGUUUGUUUGUUUAGGUAGGUUAACUAGAUAGUGCGCAUAUGUACGUUUGAACAAUCGAUUCUAUGUUGUUCAUGUUUCGUUUUCCACGUUGCACUUGUCCAUUUUCCCCUUUUGUUUUUAGUUCCCCGAUUAUCUUGUCGUUUUGAGUAUUUCUCUUCUUUCGUUUUCCUGUUUUCGCCUCUCCUACGCUAGAGAACUUAAGUUAAACUUAGUUAACCAGUAAACGUAGUGCUUUAAGCUAUCGUAAAUAGUAUUUUUAUGAUAUGUAAAAAAAAGAGAGGAGAGAAAAAGAGUUAGUGAAGUAAAGAAAAAAGAUAAGUGGUGUGCAAGGAACGAAAUGAAAUCAUACAAACCCAUAAACACUGUAUCAUAGAAAAACCAGCAGAGAAAAAUAUAGAAUAAAAGAAAAGUGAAAGAGAGGGUAUGAAAAAUCAAAGAAAAUUAUGCGAUAAUCUGGAGUGACGAAAAAGGUAGUCUUCGAAUUGGGUAGUUUUUUCAGUGCGAAAGAGAAAAAAAUAUGGAAACCGUUUAAUAGAAUCAACACAACCAACCGAACUGUGUAGUAGAAAAAAUCGUAUGUUCCUUCACUCGGCGCACUAAACUAAUUAAAAACAACGGCAUACACUAGUAAUUGAACUCCCAGCGCCUUUCAUAAGCUACUUCUCGCACCAGGCCCAAAAUCCUGCACAUCAAUACGAAUCAAUGUUGUCAACGAUAAAUCCGGGCCCAUAGCCCUACAAGCCAGACUUUGAAGAAAAACAGGAUUUUGUAAUUGUAAGGAAGCCAAUAAGGCCCCUGGUUGGAAAGCCUAGUGGAAGAGCAAACGUAUAAAACGAAAUAUGCCAUAUUAGUGGAAAGUGUAAAAGGAAGUAGAUAAUUGAUAAAACAAACAAUCCCGAUCGGUGCUCCCAAGCAGGCCCAACCUCGGUUGCAAUACGGCACACAACAUCGCUACCCCGUGUUAACCAAAACCAUAUGCCACCAGAAAUCCAGAAAACCGUCGGACCACGAGCCUGAUACGUGGACGAAAACAAUAGCAAAGGUAACCGAAGAGAUAUAUAAAUUAAAAAGUAAAUUAGUCCCCUAACCUUUUAAGCAUGUUAAAGCGAUAGUUGUGGUGUAACGUUCCGUUGAAAAAAAAAAAAGCAAAAAUAAACGGAAAAAUUAAAAGAAAAACUGUUGAAAGAAUCCAGACAGCGAUACAACACACAUAGUUACAACAGCAGAACCAGCAGCCAGAGUGUAGUGCCCGAACCGACCGUCUUAGAAGGGAAACGUAUGGUAUAACUUUCGGCCGUUUAAGAGACUUUUCACAACGACAGCUGCAUGGCGAAUGCAACACCAUAAUAAAAUAGUAGAAAUGAAAAAUAUAUUAAACGUUUUGAAAAAAAAUGCACACAUGGGUGGGUAAAACGGGACGACCGUCAAUGCAUUUACCUUCCAUCGUGUUCAUUUUUACUCAUUUUUUCAUGAGAGGCAUUUCCACGCGUGAUGUUGUUUCAACAGGUACGUAAUUUUUAUCAUGAACUUCUGAUAGAAUCGAGAGUCGAAGGGCGAACAUUGCGUUUAGCUACCUUAAGCACCCGUUGCACCCGGUAAUAUCGCUGGUGAGCGCUGAGCCAUAUAAUGUAAUUAUCAUCAUUUCACACAUCUUUAGGGUACAUUCCAUACGGAAUUCUAUUGGAUCGUCUUUUCAGGACUACAAUAAAAAGACCUGUCACCUGAUUUUUAUGAGCAUAAAGCCGUUCAGCAAAUCAAAAAUGUAUAUUUAGCUUAGCACCUGAGUCCCAACA